GCAUCACACACACACACACACACACACACACGCGCGCGCACAAAGCGUCUUCUCAGGUUCUAAGGGAUCAGUGAGGCCAGUCUGACAGCACUGUCUCCUCUCACACACACAACACAGACAGACAGAAGAUGAAGAAGCGCUGCCUGGACGUGGCCAAGCUCCGGAAGAUGAAGAAGCUCAGACUGACGGAGAAGAUCUCAGAAAGUGCGUACUCAUUCCUGAAGUUCAUGACCGUGUGGAUCGUUGUGCUUUUGGCUGACUUUAUUCUCGAGUUCAGGCUGGAGUACCUGUGGCCUUGCUGGCUCUUCCUCGGCACCGUUUACACCACUUUCCACUGCCACGGCCUGGCCAUCUGUAUGGUGUUCGUGUGUGCGGCCUUUACGCUGGAUAUAUUCUGUUUAAUCUUCGUCCCACUACACUGGCUGUUUUUUGCAGCCAGCACAUACGUGUUACUCAACUACAUAUGGCACACAGAGAAAGGCAUCUGCCUGUCAACUGUGACUUUAUGGAUUCUUCUCGUCUACACGGAGACCUCGCUCAGGCUGAGAGACCUGAAGAAUCCAUACGCCAACCUCUCUCACCUCUUUGCUGCACACUGUAUUGGCUAUCCAUUGGUGUACAUGGGAUUCGAUGCCACAUGCUACUUCUCCGGCAUCUUGAAACUUCGCACACAAAAAGCCGUACAGAACGAGAGCGACUUGCAUAUGCAUCUCCUGCAACAUCCUCUACCUCCGUACACGCAACUUUACCCGAAACCCGGGUUGGAAGAAUCCAAAUGGAGAAACAAACCAGGGCCGAUGCAAUACACGUGUCAGAACGACGCCGUCAUAUUAGAGGAUAAGCAGGACCACGAGGACUGUCUCCAACUCCACAGGCUGCAAGGGAGGACAGACAGAGACGCAGGGGACGGCAGGAUACGAGAGCCGAACCCUCAGGGAUCUAAGCAGCACGGAAACGCCGAAACGCGCUCGGGGCAUUCGACGCAGCUUUCCGACGCUCACGAACACCUGCCUCACGAGGAGCAAAUCGUGAAAGCUUCUAGAGUCUCCAGAGGUCCCCAAGCGAAAGUGCAAAGGAGCUCGGUGAACAUUGUCCUGAGCAAACCGGAGAAGAAAGUUAAAAACUCAAAAGCCAUCAGCUUCAACGGAGAAGCGGGAGAGCGGAGCGCAAAUAUCCAGGGGCUUCACAAUCCUCAUGCUGAGCAGAUCUCGAAGUUGGAGCAAGAGAUGAGGAAGCUGAAGGUGGAGCUGCAGACAAGCAGACAGAACGAGCAGGAGUUACGCAGUCACGUCUGUAACCUCACCAACAGCGAGAACAGCCUGCGGCCUGAAGUCUCGCUGCUCAGACACGCCAACGAACUUCUGCACAACAAGCUUCAGUAUCUGACCAAAUCCAGGCAGAAGGACAAGCAGAGUUGUGCCAUGCUGGAGAAGAAAGUCAGAACGGAGACAGAGAGCAGAUUAGCAGUAGAAAAACAACUCGUAGAAGCUCGAGCCCAGAAAUUUGACGAGGCAGCUUUUUUACUACGCAAUGCAUCAAACAGGCAGGAACACGGCGAGACGCAGCUGUUAAGGAAAAGAGCUCGAGAUCUAGACGCAGAGUACAAACAGCUACAGCUGGACUAUCAGGGAAAAGACAAUCGAGUGCUAGCGCUAGAAGAAGAAGUGGAGUCCCUGCAGAAACACAGGUGUACGGAGCAGGAGGCCGACGCCUUGCUCUCCGCGCUCUCCUCUCUGCAGGAUAAAGCUCAGCAUUUAGAGUACAACCUGAGCGCAGAAACACGUCUCAAACUGGACCUGUUCUCAGCUGGGGACGCUAGGAGACAGCUGGAGAUAGCACAGGUUAAACUCCUGAAGCAAGACCAGGAGAUCAAGGAGAUGAAGCAGAAGAUCGCCGAGGUCAUGGCCGUCUCUCCGGGCGUGUCCUACGUGGCUCCGCGCUCAACCGCUCCACAGUACCUCAAGUUCCUCAACUCAGAGCGCUACGUCCUGAACCCACGAGGGCUCAUGUACCAGUGUCUGAAGAAAUAAAAGAAUCACAACAAAGGACGCAAAAUGGAAUCGGUUUCAAACUUCGAAUCAGUUUGUCCUGUCGCUCCGAAUAAAAGUGAACACACUUCUGAAAUUUCUCCCGGACCCGGCGAGUUUUACGGCUCCGAGCCAGAUGUUCUGCAGGACACGAUGCUGAUUGCACGUCCGAUUUGUGGUGCUAAUGAAGAAAAUGAAGCCACGCAGGCGAAUUAUUUUUCAUUCUGAACUUACUUCGUAAAAAAAUAAAUAAAAUAAAAAAAUCGUAACUACAGCAUUUCGGACAAAUUGACCCCCCCGUCCCUCCCCCGAGUCUCAGCCGGAGUCGGUGAAUAUUUUCAUAAAAGAAGAAGAAAUAUCAGGCUCAAUGACUCGUGUUGUGCCUCAAUACAAUAUUCAACCAAUAAAAAGCCAAUACCUAAUGUCAGUAAUGUGAAUAUUCAAGUGCUUUGUACCGUUUUGUAUUCCUUUUUACAUUAUACACAUUGUAAAGGAAGUCGACGACUUCUCAAUUUGUACGUUUUCACGUCUUGGGACCUGUCGCGAUUUUAACGUGUCGAUGAGGUGUUUUUUAUGAGAUAUUUAUUUUUCUGCCUCGAUGUACCUUCUCCCCUUCUCCCUCGUGAAAUAAGAGAUACAGAAUCGAUGGUCUUGGUCUGCAUGCUGAUUUCUGAGUCAACAAAUUAACGCUCAGUUUUGAUGUUUUUUAAUUGUGCGUUUGUGCAAGGGCUAAUGUUUUCUUCCAAGAUCUUUUGGAACAAUUAAUAAUAAUAAAAUAAAAAUAAAAAAACAA